AUGGAUAAUUCGAAAACGGAAAAGGACAUUAUCGAGCCCCAGGCUGAGGCCACCCGCUCUGUCGAUAACCCCCCUUCAUACGGCGAAACAGAGGUCACCAGAGACAACAUUGGUCGUCGGAUAUGGGACAGUUUCAAGAGAGACCCCAAUGCCAGCGUGUCGCAUGGAAAAGCUGGCGAGGCUGGCGAGAGCUUUGAUGUUGAACACAAUGCGGCGGAAAACACGGCUUCCUCGCCGCUUCAGCGUCGUCUGAAAGGCCGCCACUUGCAGAUGAUUGCGAUCGGUGGCUCUAUCGGUACUGGUCUGUUUGUUGGUUCGGGAUCCGUCUUGUCCACUGGUGGUCCGGCUUCUGUUCUCAUUGCGUACGCCUUGAUCGGUUGCAUGCUCUACUGUACCGUCCACGCACUUGGUGAAAUGGCCGUUUUGUUCCCCGUUGCCGGUUCCUUCGCACACUACUCGUAUCGAUUCAUCGACCCUGCAUGGGGUUUCGCUAUGGGUUGGAAUUAUGCUUUGCAGUGGCUUGUUGUUCUACCGCUCGAAAUUGUCGCCGCCUCAAUGACCAUCGAUUACUGGCACCCAGGCGUCUCGAAUGCCGCAUGGGUUGCAAUCUUCUGGGCCUUGAUUGUCUCGAUCAACUUGUUUGGUGUCAAGGGUUACGGUGAAGCUGAAUUCGUCUUUUCCCUCAUCAAAGUCAUUGCUGUCAUUGGCUUUAUUAUCCUUGGUAUUAUCCUGAACUGCGGUGGAGGCCCGCGGGGCGGCUAUAUUGGUGGGAAGUACUGGCAAAGCCCUGGUGCCUUCAACAAUGGUUUCAAGGGUCUUUGCAGUGUCUUUGUCAACGCCGCUUUUGCUUUUGCUGGUACUGAACUGGUUGGUCUUGCUGCAGCUGAGACUAGCAACCCCCGAAAGUCCCUUCCGACUGCCGUAAAGCAGGUGUUUUGGCGUAUCACUCUCUUCUACAUUGUGUCCCUCACUUUGAUCGGUCUGCUCGUCCCAUACGACAACGAACAGCUUCUUUCGGGAUCCUCUUCCGCUGAUGCUGCCGCAUCCCCAUUUGUGAUUGCAAUCCAAAACGCGGGUAUCUCUGGUCUUCCCUCGGUCAUGAACGUGGUCAUUAUGAUUGCCGUUCUGUCUGUGGGUAACUCGUCUGUUUAUGGCUCUUCUCGAACCCUUGCAGCUCUCGCCGAGCAAGGCCAGGCACCCAAGUUUUUGGCAUACAUCGAUCGCAAGGGUCGCCCUAUGUGGUCCAUUGUUGUCGCGUCGGCCAUUGGCUUGCUUUGCUUCCUGGGUGCAUCUUCUAAGCAAAAGGUCGCUUUCGAAUGGAUGAUGGCUAUCUCGGGUCUUUCGUCUAUUUUUACCUGGGGUUCUGUGUGUCUCGCCCACAUCCGCUUCCGCCGUGCCUGGAAGGUGCAAGGUCAUAGCCUGGAUGAGUUGGCGUUCCGCUCCCAGCCCGGAGUUAUUGGCUCGUGGAUCGGGUUUGGCUUCAACUGUCUCGUCCUGGUCGCCCAAUUCUGGGUUGGUUUCGCUCCUAUUGGAUACGCUGACAUGAGCACCAGCGAACUUGUCUCUGAGUUUUUCAGUGCAUACCUGGCAGCUCCUGUGGUCUUGGCCUUUUACAUCCCCUACAAGAUCUGGUACAAAACCCCAUUCCUCCGUGCCAAGGACAUGGAUUUGCAGACUGGCCGCCGCGAGCUGGAUAUCCAGCACCUCAUCGAGGAGGAAAAUGCCGAAAAGGCAGCAUGGCCUGUUUGGAAGAAGGUAUACAAGGCUUUUUGUUAA